CGGACCGUACUCAAGACCUCGCCUACAGUUUUUCCUAAUACCGACCUCUGGCCGGCAAAUAACAUAUAUGUAUUAUUCAGAAAUUGAAACUCUCUUAUUAUCAAGUUAUAUAUCCUUUAAGUUAAUGGUGCUCUAUUUGUAAAUUGCCCUCCCGUAAUUUAACGACUGUUUCUACGGGUGUGAACGUAAUGAUUGUUACAAAUUAUGGCAACCCGUUCAUUUCAAUGUUUAUCAGUGUCUUCAGGAAAGUGAAAGAACAUAAAAUGGUGACUCAAGGCACACCAUUGUGCUUUUUUUGAAGUUGUUCUCUGAAAAUCCUAACGGUGAAAUAUUUUGCACGCAGUGUCCCAAGGCAGAUUUUAAAAAAAGCGCUAACAAUCUUUCCAAUGAGACCUCUCACUGAAAAACAAUAAAUAAUGAUGUUUGCUGGUCAAUGUGUAAACAACUGAACAAAUAAGCAAUUUAAUCUAGAAUUGAUGCGGCUUUUUGCUUAAGUUGGCAGCGAGUCAAGGAAAAUGUCCAUUGCAUGAUAAAUUAUAUCACUUAAAAGGCAGUUAACACGUAGUUUUCUCCUGAACGCAUGCUUCCAAGACCCAAAUCAACAAGAAUGCCAAAGGUAACAUCUUGUAUUAACGGUAAUACCCACGCAAAAAAAAUUGUAUUGGUUUUUAUCAAUCACGCACAUAGCCGCAAAUAAUUAUUCAAGGAAAGAGCAGUUUCAACUUACAAUUUCUAUUGCAAUUUUUUUUCUGUACAAGUUUGACGUAGUUUUUGACAUGCAGGCCUCUUGGAAAUUUAUUUUAGCCAGACAGCUGCCUAAAUAUGUCUACUUACUGUGCUCUAGUUAUUAAAAAUUAAAUUAAGACUUUGUGAAAAACUGCAAAUAAGUGUCAAGGUAGAGAUAUCGUAAUAUGUAAAACGCUGUGACGUCUUUAUUAACGCAAUAAGAUUGAGACGUGGAGAGCAGAUCGGGAUAUGAAAGGACGAGUUUAUUGAUUACAAUUUGAAAAGAGCACCAAGAAACCAAAGUCUCUUUACUUAAGAGCUGAGAAUGCCUGAUAGUUUACAGAGAAAACGAAGCAUAGAGGAGGCACUCGAGAACAGGGAAACAUGGACGAUUGUUGCAGAGUCCACUGGCGCGUUCGCUAUCGUUUUCUUGGCAUUGAUAGGGAACACAAUUCUCAGUUUGGCUCUUUACAGAUGUCGCGCGCUCCGUAAAAUUCAAAAUUACUACAUCAUCGCUUUAACGAUGUCAGACUUGCUGCUGACGGUUCUUUGUCUUCCAAUGGGCUUGAUCGUGGUGAUGCUAGGAAGAUGGCCAUUUGGGGAUACGCUCUGUCAGAUCCAAGGCAUAUUAACUUAUUUCUUCGCAUGCUUUUCGAUUCUGACGUUGACGCUUAUCGCCAUAAAUCGUUACGUGAAAAUGAUCCGGUCGGUAAUUAUCUACCAGAAAGCGUACACGCGAAAUUACGUGCUUUUAUCUAUCACGGCAUGCGCAGUCUUUUCAGGAGUGUUUGUAAUUCCAUUUGUGUCGCAGAAGUUCUGUUACCAUCCCGGAAAACUAGCAUGCUUUGUUUGCAAGAGCCUGAACAAGAAGGAGCAAGCCCUUCUUCUUGGACCUUACUCAGUUUUAAUUGCCAUGACUUAUCCGGUGAUAACAUUUUGCUACUUCAAAGUGUUUCGUAAAGUUCACUCCCAUUUUGCACAAAUUGCAGCUUCCAGUCUCCAUGAGGACAACGCUAAAUCUUUUGCAGAGGAGGUCCAAAUCACGAAAAUUCUAUUCGCUGUACUAAUCGCGUUCGUGAUAUGCUGGAGUCCUGCUUUUACAAUUGAAUUUCUGGACACUCUACAAGGAGAAUACAGCUUGCCUCGUCAGGUUUACCUCAUAAUGCCUUUUGCUGGCGCAGCAAGUUCCGCUAUCAACCCCGUAAUCUACGGGGUGAUGCAAAAACGUUUCCGACACGCUUACAAGAAAAUUCUAACUUGUGAGAACUAAACAGAAACUACAUGUUUGAAGUCUAUUAGAGCGGUGUUGAAUUGGGUGUCGUAAAACCAAAACCAACGUAAUCACUCUAGCCGAACACAAAGGACACAGACAAUACAGCGAGCCAAUUAAAACUCGAAGUAAUUACAUGUAGCCAGCGUUAAGCGCCGGAAAACGAAUGCGAGCGGCUCACGAUUGCUUUAGUUUUACUUCUGAUUG